UGAGGUAACUUCAACAGAUUUCCUCUGCUCAGGGAGUAGGGAGCAAUGAACACUGUGUAGGUACCAUGUCAAUGGGAACACAGUUCAUGCACGGAGCUCACUUCUAAGGAGCUGAUUAUCUGAAAUCAGGUGUGUUACCAAUGAGAGACGUGCAAAAUAAGCAGAGCUGGGGGACGCGAGAACUAGAAUUGAGAACCACUGUAGACACAUCGUUCGAAAAGAGCUAUGACAUGAUUUACAAUUGGGCUUUUUGAGAAGUUAUUUUAUUCUAUCAUCUACUUGGAUUUACCUCACAAUAUAUUUGGUCUUUCAUUAAGCACUGAACUAAUGAGAACAAAGAUGUUUCGUGCGUAAAAGACCUCUUGGAGACGGAGUGAAGCUCGUCUCGCGGGUGAAACCACCCGGGCGAAUCAAGGUCUGUGGGAAACCAUUUGGGUAUUGCCUGCACGGAGUUUUUCAAUACACAAAGGCAUCGUGUGGAAGUAUUUUUGGAGUUAUAAGUUUCACCUACGCUAUGCUCUCCCGGCGCGCGAUAAGGAUGGAGUCCCUUUCUCAGCACCAACGGCUUGCGCCAAGAGCUACUGGACCGAUAACUUUCAUCUCAAAGAAAGAUCAUUCAGAUGUGGUUCUGUUUCGGUUCUACGCUGGAGAAGCAUAAAAGAUCUUUCACACUCAUGGCAAUGUUUAGCAGCAGUGAAUGGCUGUGGAAUGACUCAGAACAUUCUCUCACCCCUGGGGGAAACUACAGCCUGAUAUCAGGAAUUGAAGAAGUGAAGAGGAAUUACUAUGCCAUGCUCUAUUCCAUACUCAUCCUGGCUAUUGUAUUUGGGAAUGUUCUGGUGUGUAUUGCUGUGCUCCGAGAGAAAGCUCUCCAGACCUCCACCAACUACCUGGUUGUCAGUUUGGCCGUAGCUGAUCUCUUGGUUGCCUCACUGGUCAUGCCCUGGGCGGUCUAUUUGGAAGUGGUCGGCGGAGCUUGGCUCUUCAGUCGCUUGUAUUGCAACGUUUUUGUGACCUUGGAUGUGAUGAUGUGCACUGCAAGCAUACUCAACCUGUGUGCUAUCAGCAUCGACAGGUAUACGGCUGUGGUGAUGCCAGUGCUAUACAACACCACUCACAGCUCCCGCAAGAGGGUUUCAGUCAUGAUCGCCACAGUUUGGGUCCUCGCCUUUGCAGUCUCCUGCCCCCUACUGUUUGGAUUCAACACUACAGAUGACCCGGCAGUGUGCUCGAUUUCAAAUCCUGAUUUUGUUAUUUACUCCUCUGUGGUAUCGUUUUACUUGCCAUUCGUGGUGACUCUUCUGGUCUAUGUGCGCAUCUACAUCUUUCUCAGAAGGAGGCGGAAGAGAAUCACCUUCCGUCAAGGCAGUGGUAAAGUUCAGCCAGCAUCCGCACCACUAUCUGCGGAGACGUGUUUACAAGACGACGCUCACCAAGAGAAAAGAGACCUUUCCCCCAUCAGGAUCAAUGUGAUAAAUGAAACCAAGGAGCAGGUGAUCCGUCCGCGGCUCCUCGCCAGCUGCCCAUGGCGUAAGCGGCCUCAAACCGCCCCUGCCGAGAACUCGCUACUGCCUCCUGUGAUCACGCUGAACUACUGCAGCAUCAGCCAGGCGUCCUUUGCUCGCACUGAGCAAGAUGCAAACCGUGAGGAAGAGGAGGGUGGUGACGAGGAGCAGGAGACAGUUAGGAGCUGUGAGCUGAAGAAGUUGUCAAACGGACGCACACACACCUCCCUGCGUCCACCUCGGCCCGCUCGCGUCUUGGUGUGUCCCAGUCAGGUCCGCUGUAGAAGUAUGCACUCCAAGGAAAAGAAAGCCACACAGAUGUUGGCCAUCGUUCUGGGGGUUUUUCUUAUUUGCUGGCUGCCCUUCUUUGUGACCCACAUUCUAAACACUCACUGCAGAGCUUGUCACAUUCCUCCUGAGGUCUAUAGCGCCUUCACUUGGCUCGGCUAUGUCAACAGUGCUCUCAAUCCGGUCAUCUACACCACAUUUAACACUGAGUUCCGCAGAGCCUUUAUUAAAAUCCUGAGCUGCUAAACCAUUGGCAAUGCUCCCAUAUAAUGAUCAAUGCAGCUUCCAGACAUUAUGGAUUCAUUUUUGGGAUGCAACGUGCCAUAUGCAGAGGAUAUUAAAGGCCUUGAACAGUCUGAAUUUGUUCAAGGUAAUUUCAAAUUCAUUACAAAGUGUACUCUGUACACUUGUGAUUGGUGGAUUUGCAUUCAUCUAAAUCUUCUUCAAACUCUAUAGUUCACAUUGAGAUGACGGACCAAUCUGGAGUUCCAGUUGGUGCUUCUCAUCCAACAACAAAGCCUAGAAUAUCUUCUGGACCUUAUUCUCCAUCUCACCUCCUUGUCGCAUGCGGAGCGUAUUCUGAGGUCAUCAUGUGUUUGCAUGUGUCACACCGCUGAAUGAAACCGAAUUGAGUUUUGCCUGAAACUCUUCAGUUGUAAAAAAGCAAAGAAAGUUAUUUAUGUGGCUACAAAGGCUAGUGAUUUGUCAAAGGGACCAUAAAGCAGGUGGACCAAAGGAGCGUGAAGUAGUCAAAGAUCCAGGACUGUGUUGUGCCUUUAAUGGUUUCUCCCUCCUAAGGCCAGGUUUCUUGAACCAACUGCAUAUCAGGAUAGAAAAGAGAAGAGAUGGUGAUGAUUGUUAUGGAUGAAACAUGAUAUUGUGCUGUGAAUUAAAGCUAUAUUGAGUCCCAUAAACCCUGAUGUCAUCUGAAAUAUAUACACAGAAGCAUUAUGCCUCAUUAGUUUUUUUGAUACAAAUAAUAUAUAUACACAUUCAUAUACACUAACAUUCAAAGUUUGGGGUCUGUAAGAUUUUUAUGUUUUUUUGAAAGCAUUCUCAUAUGCUCACCAAGACUGAAUUUAUUUGAUCAAAGUGACUGUUAAUGGAAAAUGUGAACUAGGGGUGUCGCGAUAUACCGGUAUUGACGAUAACCGUGAUAUGCAAGUCAAGAUUUAUCGAUAUCGUGUUAAUUUAGUGUGUGAUGAUGUAUCGGAAUUAGCGAUAACCGCGAUAUUUAAAAUAAACAGUUAUCUUAUGAUAACGCCACAUGUAAAUACUCCAGAGCCAGUACCUGGUUGAGUGCCCAGGUGGCAGUAUUGUGUGUUAACGCUGACACCUGUCAACACAAGAAGAAGACGCAGCACUCGCGGCUACUCCGCGGAGAGCGGUGUUCAGCAGAGUAAGUUGCCAUUAUUUUACAAGUCAUAGAAUGGGAAAUGUUAUAUUAACCAGUUAACAGCAGUGUUCAUAUAUUUA